AACGAUUGAUGGAAGAUCUGCUGAGUCUUUCACAGAGAUGAUGGCGAAGCACACGCAAAUGCUGCACUGCCACAAAUUGCAAGAAAUGGUUGCGAGAAGAAAACGAACUCGAGAUAAAGGCUGGGCAUCGAUGCCUGGGGAGUUCCUUGAGACGAGACCUCACUUAAACCACCAAACACUAAUCACCUCGUCACCCCGUCACUCAGCACAGCGCCCGCUGACCCUCGUCUUUCGAUCGACUUCACAGCCCUCUCACCACAAGUUCUACUUUCUGUUGAUACAAUGCCAGAUCUCUCAAAGUUCCUCUACUACCUCAAGCCCCUCCACGAGCGAAAGCCCCCGAAGAAGGUGCUGCCAAAGGACGACAGUGCAUCUCAAGCUACAGGCGAGGAUGGGGAGAAGAGAAUAUACGGGUCGUUCGGCCAUCGUGAAGGCCCGAACAGUAUCGGGGCUGCAGCUGGUGCAGGCGCUCUAGGAAUGGUAGGCCUACCAGGCAUCUCCAGAUGAUAGAACGGAGGUGCAGAAGUGUGCCGUUGAGAUGCUGGUUCAACUACAUUCACGAUCAAUUCUUGACUGCUGUGCCCAUGAUGGUGGUGACGGCGGCGGCGGCAGCAACUCCCGGCAGCACAGAUGGGGCAACGCUGACGGAGUCUGUGAUAGCUGGUUCUGCUGGUUUACCUAUUCCGGCCCGGCCUGGUACCAAAGCCUUGCGUCAAUGAUAUACCCAAAUUUU